UUUGGAUAAACAGUCACGCGGAUUUCAUCAGUUGGAGUUCUAUUAUCAGAGUAUCUAUUUCUUUAAGUCUUAUAUUAAGUAUCAUAUCAAACUCUUCGCGUGAAGUGAAGUUGUCUAUAAACAUUUCAAAAGCAUCUCAAGGAGAAACAUUUGUUCAACGAAAUGGAGCCGGAUGCGACAAAAUCUAUACCGAUGUUCUACGCUGGUCGGAGUAUCUUCAUCACGGGGGGUACAGGAUUCAUGGGAAAAGUGUUGAUUGAAAAGUUAUUAAGAUCAUGUCCAGAUAUUGAAGAAAUAUUUUUACUCAUGCGGGCCAAGAAAGGUACAUCGAUCGAUGAAAGAUUGAGCCAAAUUCUGAGUUUACCGCUAUUCGAUAAAGUACGGGAAACCAAUCCGUCCGUUUUUAAAAAACUGAUUCCGGUAACGGGAGAUGUUGCGGAUGAAGGACUUGGUUUACCAACGAUCGAACGAAGGGUUCUUAUCGAGAAGGUCUCCGUCAUAUUCCAUGUUGCAGCCAGCGUUAGAUUCGAUGAUUCUCUGAAGCAUGCUGUUCUUCUAAAUACCAGAGGUACAAGGGAAGUUUGCAUUUUAGCAGCCAGCAUGAAAAAAUUGGUGGCACUACUGCACGUCAGCACCACUUACGGCAACACCGACAGACCUGUAGUCGAUGAAAAACUUUAUCCACCCCACGCCAAUUGGAAGAAAACAAUAAAUAUUGCUGAGACUAUCGACGAACACACCCUGAAUUGCAUGACUGCCAAGUACCUCGGUAAACUACCAAACACCUAUACGUUCACAAAACAAUUGGCUGAACACGUUAUCAACGAUUAUGCCGGAGUAGUUCCUGGCGUAAUUUUCAGACCUUCGGUUGUCAUAUCGUCGCUGAGCGAACCGGUGUCGGGAUGGCUGGACAAUUUCAACGGUCCUGUAGGAUUGAUGAUUGGAGGUGGAAAAGGAAUAUUAAGGACUGUCUAUGGAAGGCUGGAUACACUGACAGAUUUCAUACCAGUAGAUAUUGCGAUCAAAGCGAUGAUUGCCUGCGCUUGGAAAAGGGGCAUUAAAACAAUAACGCAGGACUCAAGCGUUCCGAUUUACAAUUGCGCUUCCAACGGUGCUAAGGUGUUAUCUACGAAGGACGUGGUGACUAUGGCACUUCAACUUUCAGAAGAAGUUCCUUUUGAGGGAAUAAUGUGGGUUCCCGGAACAUCAGUGCAAACUGUGAGAUGGCUUUACAGCUUGACUUUCUGGAUUUUACAGUUGAUACCAGCUCUAGUUAUCGACGGUGUACUCAAGAUUAGCGGUGCAAAACCCAUGCUACUCAAGUUGCAGAGAAAAAUUUACACCGCCAAUUUUGCGCUGGAACAUUUCUUGCUUAAUAACUGGCAAUUUCUUAACAAUAACUUAUUGGCCAUUUUGACUUCAAUGUCACCAUCAGACAUGGAAACGUUCGGAUUCCAAAUGGGAGACUUUGACAUACGACAGUACAUUAAAAAAAGCGUGAUUGGAUCAAAGCUGUAUCUUUUGAAAGAAGAUAUGAACAAAUUAGCCGACGCUCAAGCCUACUACAAUAAAAUGUGGUGGAUCGAUCGUAUUCUCAAAGUUUGGCUAGGCAUAUUUCUGGCUUGGGCUUCCGUUGCUUCUGGUUUAUUAGCAUUUGUCAUGAAUACUACUUAUUCGGCACUGGACAGCCUGUUUUCAGUCUGAGAUUCGCAUUUUCAUGUUUGUAAUUUCUCUUCGAAUAAAAUUAUCAAUAGCAGUGUAAGUGUAUGCUUCAUAUUUGCUCAGCGAAAAUGUUAAUGAGCAUACUGAAAAAUAAACUAUACGUGCACCCAUUUUCGUGAUCCUAUGCCUGCCCGUAUAUAUCAUCAUCAGCCAAAAAUUGGAAGAACUAGAUCAAUCGGAAGCAAUAUAGAAAAGUAAUACAAAAAGCUAUUACGUGUGAGCAAUUACUUAGUACCAUACCGGUUCAAAAAACAAUAUGUCGGUGUCUAAUGAAAUUUAGCAUCAGUCUCCUUUUCUAACAACUAUUUAUUGUGCAAUGUAUGAGAUUUAAGAUAAGGAUUAGCCUGUAGACUAAGGAUUAUACUCUCAAAAUCAGUUGUAUUCCCUACCUUCUUCCUGACGGACGUUCAAUAAAGCUAUAGACUGUACUUUUA